AUGUCGUUAGAUCCCAUCGAACUAGAAUGUAGACUUGAAAUUUUAAAUUCACACAGCGAAAAGCUAAUGACGUGUCAAUCAAGAAUAGAAGAAAUUGAUGAGGCAGAUUUGGCCCGCGGAGAAUUGGAGGACAUAGUUGUAGAAACGAAGUCCAUGAUUAAGUCCAUUCUCGCAAAAAAUAAAUCUUCUGUUGCUGAAUCAGCAUUUAUUGCACCUCACAGCUCGCGACUCCCUAAGAUGUCGCUGCCCAAAUUUAAAGGGGAAUAUUCUGAAUUUAAGAAUUGCAUGAGCUUGUUUGAAAGUUUAGUGCAUAACGAUCCUACGAUCCCGGAUAUCGAAAAAUUUAAUCAUUUAGUGUCGUGUUUAUCCUGUGAACCAUUUGGCACAGUGAAGUCCUUUCAAAUGUCGGAAGAGAACUACCCAAAGGCGUUGGCCAUUUUGUAG